AUGGAAAUUCAGAAUAUUAUUGUCAAAGCUGUCAUCUUUUCCUUCUGGAAGACUACACUGGACGUCGUCGGCGAUGCUUUAGAGGCACGUGGUGUCAAAUAUCUUCGAGUAGAUGGAAACGUCUCGCCAAAGAAAAGGAACACAAUUCUCCUCGAUUUUCAAAACAGGAGUGCUUGGAGAGUGCUCAUUAUGACGUUCUCCACCGGUUCUGUUGGUUUAAAUGGUCUAACGGUCGCAAAUCGAGUUCAUAUUCUUGAGCCUCAAUGGAAUCCUGCAGUAGAGAGCCAGGCUAUCGGCCGGUUCCUUCGAAUUGGUCAACGGAACAAGGUGACCGUCGUGCGGUAUGCGAUGUUGAGGUCAAUUGAAGAAGUUAGUGCCUUUGCCACGGAUUAUAUAGAAUUCGAAUGUCAUACUUUGAAUUGGAAGGCUCACUUCAUUUGCAUCUAG